CGCAGUCUUUCAUUAGGGCUGUGCUGUAUUUAGAACAUGCGUUCAGAGUUAACCCGGAGAGUCCAUCGGUGACUCUGUCUGUAUUAUUUUUUUUUUUAAAAAUAUUAUUAUUAUUAUUUAACCCUCUUCCUUCAUCUGCCUUUAGAAGCAUUUGGUUGAUUUCGCGGAGUAAAAAAAUCGCAUCAGUGUAAGUGAUAACUCCUAAACCCCCACAGGAGACAGGAACUGCUGGCUGUAGUCUUCGCCUUGUAGAGGACGAGUGUAUGAGUUCAGCAGCAGCAGAGGCGGCGGCUGUGGUGGAGGUGGAGGAGGAGUUGUUGGUGCUGGUGGGGCACUGAGCCAUGGACCCUGAGCUGGAGGAGUCAGUCGGGUCAAUGGAAAGCUCAUGGACUCUUCUGUCAUGGCUAGCCUCAUGUGUGAUGGUGUUUGGGGGUGCAGUACCAUACAUCCCCCAGUACCAGGAGAUCCAGAAAACCAGCAACACAGAGGGCUUCUCCACCCGGGUGUGCCUGGUUCUGCUCAUCGCCAAUAUACUGCGCAUCUUCUUCUGGGUCGGGAAGCAGUUUGAGCUGACUCUGCUUGUACAGAGUGUGGUGAUGAUUCUGACCAUGCUGGCUAUGCUACACUUGUGCUGCACUGUCCAGAUUAGCAACCGGGUCAGCACCAAACAACACCGCAUCACAGAUCUGGACAUUAGGUAUUUUUGGAGAUGGAGUGCUUUUGAGGACUAUUUGCUUUUCUGCUUCGGCUUCACGAUGCUGUGUGCCUUCCUCACGCUCUUCUUCCUCGACUGGGUGGUGUUUGUGGAGUCUCUGGGCUCACUGGCCGUGCUGUUUGAGGCCAUGCUGGGUCUGCCUCAGCUGUUACAGAACUACAACAACGGCUCCACCCGAGGCAUGAGCAUAAAGAUGGUGCUCCUGUGGACUGCUGGUGACAUUUUCAAGACGACGUACUUUGUGAUUAAUGAAAGCCCCGCCCAGUUCUGGGUGUGUGGGAUGACCCAGAUCUUGAUCGACAUAGCCAUCCUGGUGCAGGUCGGCUACUACGGUCUGGACUCCAGAGCUAAAGUGGGAUGAGGACGACUUCUCCAGGAAUCACUCUCCACUCUCCAACAAGGGCUCCUUAACUACAUGCAUGUGUGUUUCUUUUAUUUUCUUUACUUCGAAGCUUAUUUAAAUGUUGUCAUUUUUUUUUUACACUAUUUAUAUUUUUAGUUACAUUGCUGAUUAGCAAAGUGCAUUCUCCCAAGGAAAGAGAAGCUCCCAUAAUAUAUGUUCUGAAAGCUUUGCCACAAUUAUGUCUUAUUUCCUGCGUACAUCCAUUAAGUCUCCGCUUUGAGAAAGUGUUACUGAGCUUGGCAAACCACAAGAAAAGCCCCAAGCGUUUUUAGUGAAAUGUGAGCUGGCAGACGGCUCCAGAGAGAGCGUGCCAAAUUCAUCUGCAAAUCUGCACCACUUGAUCUACACUUUGGACUGUUCCACUGCAAAUCUGUCCCAAACACUCACCAUCCUGAAAUCAUUCUCCAAAUCUGCACCUGUCUCUACACGGGUGUAGAAAAUUUCUCAAAAUGGUCCUGUAUCAUUUUUAUAAGCUUCAUGCUCGAGGACGAUACUGUUACAGCUGAAAAAACAAUGAGAGUGUUCACUGAAUCUGUAUGAAUUCAUUCAUUUGAAGACCAUUGAAGAAUAGUUCCACAGUUGAAUAAAGCCAUGAAAGCUGAAAUUCACUUGUCUUGGAAAUGUGGAAAGAUUAGAAUUACACUGUUAAAAGAAAAGACAGAAAAAGGGUUCUUUGGUUGUCCACCUCUCGAGAACCUACUACGGUUCUAUGUACCAGCAGUGUUUUCUCUCCUGACAGAGAGAAAGUGGUUUUUUUUUUUUGGAUUCAGAGGUGCCAGCAGGUACAGUUUAGCCGUAGCCACAAUAUAUGAAUAUGGAUAUGUGAUACAACUUGAAAAAAGUCACUGAAGGGGAAAGGACACCGAUAAAAAUCGUAAAUUUGAAUUUUGACUUCACAAAUCAAACCAAGUAGCCGAGUGUCAUCUUUCUAGUCAGUAAAACAAGCUGCUUGUUAUAAAGGAGCAGCCAUGCCCGAGUGUUGCCUUGCUGUUUUCUUGCUAUUGCUUGGUGCACAUCUGAGAGAGGAAAAAAAAACACCACCACCGUCUCAGAUACUGACAUGCGUUUGAGUUCCUGUUGUAAAAUUCUGUUUUUUCUCUCGCCUGCUAGGAUUUUCUUAUUAGCAAUGUUGGCACCUCAUGUGUUUAUACCUCUCCAGAAGAACCUUUCAUUUCAUCAGAAAAGGUGGAAUGCUUUUGAACCUUUUUCCGAAAGAUUUUUCCCCCCCUUAGAACUAUUUGGUUGUUGGUUUAUACAUAGAACCAAAGGAAAAAAACAAACUGAACACCCUUUACCUGUUUUCUGAUAACAUGUUGUAAUGUACUGUGUAAGUUUCUGAUUAAAAGAAAGCCUGUAUUUCAAAAAAAGAAAGUGUGUUAUAAACCCAUGCACACAGAUUAGUUUCAGUUUUAGCUGUAAUAGUCAAAAUAAUUCCAAAGUAAAUGAGGAAAAUCAUUAACUCUUUCUGCUACAUUAGCCCCUGAGUACUUUACUGGUUUACUGGCAUAGAUAAUGGCAUAAAUACUGCUCAUGUGUUUACUGAUGCUAGAAACAGUAAGACUGAGACCAUCAUUUAUUGGUUAGUGUGGAAUCUGUUGCAAAUGUUGAAAGCCAGUCUGUGAUGAGACUUCCAUCAGGACGCUGUUCCACACUAUUAAGCCUCACGCCAGUGCUGUGAGUGAAACGCUAUUGAUCAUUGACCCUAUAACUCUGAAUCUUGCCCCGGUGCCUAAUGGCUGCAGGGUACAUCUGUGAGCCCAAUGCGGCAUCUCCCUGUGGCAUCUCCCUCAUUUGAACACUUCAGUUCUCUGUGUUUCCUUUUCCACAGGGUGAUUACAGUAAACUGAGACUGGAUGUGUGUUAGACAAUGUUACACAAGGAUAGAGCUAUCUUAAUGGUCAUUUGACCUUGUGAAGGACUUUUCCUGGUUCCUAUAAAGAGGACUUCAAAUGAUCUGUUUAGUUACUGAGGUAAAGUUGAGGCUGAGGCUUAGAUGUAGGUAUAUUCACAGCAUACAGUCUACAUUAAUAUGCUAACUAUGUGGCCAAAAAUAUGUGGAUACCUGAACAUCACAUUCACAUGUGCUUAUAGAACAUCUCUAUGUCCUGUUAUAAUGAACUACACACUUUCCACUAGAUUCUGGAGUGUGGUUAUGGGGAUUUGUGCUCAUUCUCCCACAGAAACUUUUAAGUCAGGCACUGACGUCAGAUGAGGAGGUCUAGGAUGUAGUCAUGUGUCAUGUGACAUGUUCCAGUUCAUAACAAAUGUGUUUAGUAGGGUUGUGGUCAGUGCUCUGUUCAGAACACUCAAUUUCUUCUAUUCAAACCUUGACAAAUUACAUAUUCAUGGAGUUUGCUUUGUGCACGGGGGCAUUGUCAUGCUGGAACAUGUUUGGGCUUUUUAGUUCCAGUGAAGGGAAAUUGUAACACCACAGCAUACAGAGACAUGUCUGAUAUAAUUGUGUGCUUCCAUCUCCCAUUUGGAUGAAAUGAUAAGGUGUCCAUUUGGCCAGGUAGUAUAAAUAUAUCAGUGAAUGUUCCUUACAAGGAUACAAAGACAAAUGUGUGUGAGUGUGUGUGUUUGUGUUAAGUCGCACAUUAACGAUAUUCAUAUCUUCCUCUAAUUUGUCUCUAUCGGUAAUGACAUUAUGUGGGUAUGUGGUAGCUUCGUGGUUAAGGACUACUGAUCUGAAGAAUGUGAGCUUGAAUCCCAGGUCCACCAAGCUGCCACUGCUGGGCCCCUGAGCAAGGCCCGUAACCCUCGGUUGCUCAGUUCAAAAAAUGAGAUAAAUGUAAGUCGCUCUAGAUAAGGGCGUCUCCUAAAUGCCAGAAAUGCAAAUGUUAAAGCAGCUGUUCUUUCACUAAUCCAGACUCGAUGCUGUCCCACGCAUCAAACCCAGCUGAACAUGUUUGGUUUAUCAUGGUGCUAUGUUAUGUUACUCAUAUUUAUUUUCCCAAAAACCAUAUAUCUAUUUACUCGCUUACUUCCUUUACAUUUCGCUUUGUAUGACGUACAUACUCACAGAUGCAGCACUCUUGUAUGACGUACAUCCUCAUAGAAUGCAUAUAUAUCACAAUGCAAAGCUUUUAAGUGCUCUAGUAACCAAAGAGAUUCUUUUGUCCAUCAUUAUAAUGUCCGAUACACACACACGCACGUGUUGUAAAUGUGUAGUGUUUGCAUGACUGGUGAAUGGCUUAGCAUUUGAUUUAAUGGUGUUUUGUUGUGAAUUGUAGAUGAGGAUGUUUGAGAUGAGCAUGAUCAUGUGUAUAAUAUGCUGUACGAUUGUGGCUAAUUAAUGAUGCCUUAAUAUUUGAUACUGUAUUGGACUCUGGUCACACACAAACUUUGAGAAAGUCUGCACUCCAAAAAGACAAAAAAAAAAAAAACCUUCCUGGACUUUGCGUGAAUGUUUUUUUGAUGUCAAUGAAUGCAUUGAUUCAGGAGCUGAUCUCUGCACAGACUGAUGUUCACAUUAUGUCUUUAUACUCAGCGAAAUGUUACUGAGAGCCAAUGAAUGAAGUGUUUUUCAGGGAGGACAUUUAUUAAACAAAUAAAAC